GGAGAAUGUGAGGGGAGAAGGCGGGGGGUUCUGAUGACUGACAGGCUUGGUGACCCUAUGGGGACGGAGCGACGGAGCCGCAGAACCCACCCAGAGACAAUUAAGGGUAAAGGACGACAAAAAUAUUUCAUCAACUUCUUUUACUCCCUCCUCUUCCUUCUCCGCCUCCUCCUCCUCUUCUGUGUAGCGUGAGGAUGAAAGAAAAGACUGACGGGGGGAAAAAAAUGCAGUAUGAGCGAGGCAUCAAGUUUGAAGAAGAUUGGAAAAGAGCGGACGUGAUUUGCGUCAUGACGCACACUUAAAGAACAGAAUCCCCCCCUGCCUUCCUUCCUCCUCCUCGGAAGAAAAAACUUUUUCAGGGGGUAGACUCUCUUCACAGAUGGGGGCAGCGCCGGGCUCCGGCUGGGAGGAGGGCGAGUUCGACUUCAAGCUGGUGUUCGAGGAGGACACGCCGCGGUCGGAGGAGGAGGGUUCUGGCUCCGUGGAGCCCGCUGACAGCAGCAGAAGUGUGGACGGCCACAGUGCCACCUCUAAUGCGGAGCGCUCCAGAGUCAGCAUCCCCAGCCCGCCAUCCUCAGCAAAUCAGCGGGCCGGGAUGCAUUCCCCGCCUCCGCGGAGAGUGCCGGCCAGAGAAUUCAGCGGGACCUAUGAAAGCCUCCCGGCGCGCUCUGUUCAGGUUUCAGAGUCCCGCGUGGUGGAGUGUCCCAGCAUCCAGAUCACCACCAUCUCGCCUGAGGAUGAAUCCGCACCCAAUCUUUCCUGGGACAUAGAAAGCGGCAGCAGAUGGGACCGGGAGCGCCUCUAUCUCCCCCUGCUGGACCCCUUCACCUAUCGAGACAGGUGCCCCGGCUCGCUCAGCCCCAGCCCUGCCUCUAGCCCCUCGUCCCGGGGCUGGUUAAGUCCGGCCUCCAGCUGCGACUCGCUGCUGGUAGAAGAAGAGGAGCUCAGCGAGUCUACGCUCCAUUUCGGGCUCACGCCAUACUCCCGGCCGACUUCACCCGGAGGAAAGAAGCGGAGGAACUCACCCCUCGCAUCCCCUUGCACGUCCCGCAGGGGAAGUUACUCUGAGGAGUUGCAGGGGGGUGUCCUAGAAGGGGGAGACUCCAGCCUUCUGUCACAAGACUCGCCUGGCAGCUUUGAGCUCAGUGUUCCACAGAAAACGAGGAAGACAUCUAUGGAGCAGUUGUCUCCAAGGGAUCAGGAGCAGGUCUCUGGGCAAAAGCAGCCAGAGACCCUCCAGAGCAGGAAAGAGCCCCCCUCAAUGAGUAUGGACUAUCUCUCUGUGCCCCCUGCUCUGGCUUGGGGCCGGACCAGAGCCAAUUCCCACAGUCCUCUCUUCAGGUCAAAUGCCCUGCCACCACUCGACUGGCCCCUGCCCUCCCAGUUUGAGCAGUACGAGCUGCGCAUCGAGGUGCAACCCCGGCCCCACCACCGAGCCCACUAUGAGACUGAGGGGAGCAGAGGAGCUGUCAAGGCCACUCCAACCGGACAUCCGGUGGUCAAGUUGUUCGGAUACAAUGAGAGGAAACCACUUUCUCUCCAGGUUUUCGUGGGAACUGCGGACGAUCGCUCUAUCAGGCCGCACCCUUUCUAUCAGAUACACAGGGUGACGGGAAAAAUGGUGGGCACCACCAGUCAUGAAAACAUCCAGGCGGGAACAAAAGUGCUAGACAUCCCCCUCAACCCUGAGAACCACAUGACUGCACUCAUUGACUGUGCUGGGAUCCUCAAGCUGAGGAACUCGGACAUUGAACUGAGGAAGGGCGAAACCGACGUCGGGAGGAAGAACACACGUGUUCGCUUGGUCUUCCGCACCCAAAUUCCUCUGGCACCACCUGCUCUUCCCCCUGGCCGGGUUCUGGCCCUACAGGUGGCCUCACUGCCCAUCGAAUGCUCCCAGCGGUCAGCACAGGAGUUGCCUGUCAUCGAGUCAAUCAGCCUCACUUCCUGUUCAGUAGAGGGUGGCGAGGAGCUCCUGCUGAGUGGCACCAAUUUCAUGGCUAUCUCGAGAGUUGUUUUCAUGCAGAGAAGCACAGAUGGUAAACUUCAAUGGGAAGAGGAAGCCCACGUAGACCGUGACAACAGCAAUGAGUGUUUGCUGUGCAUGAGUGUGCCGCCCUACUGCGACCUGUCUAUCACUCGUCCAGUGUCAGUCAAUCUUUACGUCUCCAAUGGGAAGAGGAAAAGGAGCAGCACUCAUUCCUUUAAAUAUGUCCCCAGCAUGUUCAAGAAAGAGGACCCACUGCUGUCCCGGCCUCAGGCACUGGAUGCAGGGGUGGUGUGUUCUUCAGUGGGGGGUCAGUCUAGAAUGAACCUGAGGUGCGACCCCAUGGCCGAAGAGCAGACAGGGCUGGGCUUCAACUUGUCCCCUUACCCAUCCACCUACUCCCCUCCGUGCACUAGCCUGGCUUACCAGGAGGAGUACGGCGCUGAGACUGUGACCGAGGAGCCUCGUGGGAUGGGCCCCACUGUGUCUGAGCAUCACCCCAGCUUUGAGAACCUGGAGCUGGGUUUUACUGAGCUCCUCCCGUCUUUGUACCUCCGUGGUUCACAGCCACCAUCCCCUUCCCCCUGGCUUGACUCACCCUACCUGUCCUCCUCACCCUCUCCCUCCCACUCCUCCUCCCUUAGCCCUUUCCCGGCCGGCAGCCCAAUCUCCUCAUCCCCUCUGCCUCCUGUUCCCACCCCACCAUACUCCCAGUACUCUGCCUAUCCUCAGGAGAUGUGUCCCUCCCCUCCAACAAGCCAGAGCGCCUACCAGGACCUAUGCUCAGUGCCUUACUCCCACUAUGAGAGCUGGGACCCCUCAGCAAGGGUUCUUAGGAUGGCUCACGAGGAUGAGAGGGAUGCCAAGGUUCAGGAGUGUCCUCUGGAGUUCACAAGCUCCACCGACAUGCAUCCCAUCACAUUUGAGGAAGUGUCGGAGUACAUUGGGCAGGACUUGCAGUCUUACCAGGUCACCUCGCACACGGAGGAGCAGCCACACUGAUGAUGUCAUCAUUUGGCAUCAUCCCUUUCGCAAUGCACCCGCUAUAUAUGCACAACUUCCUGCUCCACUUAUCCUGUUUUAUUGCUGGGAAUUCGUAUUUCUUAUGUGAUAAUGGCCAUUGGUACACAUUUUUUAAUAAAGGGAAAGUAAUUUUUUUUUCCCAAUAAAUUAUCUACGAAACAGA